AGUGCGUAUACUGAAAUGCUCCAGGCCUGAUUUGGACCACGUUGUCGCGCAUACCAACGCGGCACAGGCGACAGCAUGCCCGAAAACAAACUUGCUUUGUUAGCGGCCGAACAUUCUUCUGUUAUUUUUCUCGCGGUAGCUGGCUUUUCUCUUACCGCCAACUAGUCAACAUCGCUAUGGUCAUCCGAACGGUUUCAUUCCAUCGUCAGUCACGGAGGGCUACGGCUGCAGAGAGCUCAGGCACCCCGAUAGCUAGCGUAAAGCCUCGUGAAGGCGGACCUCUGCAACAAACGCAAGAUCCUUCAGACUCUGGUUCCGUUAUCGUCACAGAAAUUGAUUCCACGACGGCGACGGUCAUUGUGGACCCGGGAGAAACGACGAACGGUGGAGGAAGCCCAAUUUGGGUCACGACUACAUCUCCCGCCCUCACGGUUCCAUCUUUUACUAGCUCUCCUUCUUUUCCCACCCCACAGAGCUCGAACACUUACGCAUCGGCUCUGCCUUCUUCUUUUCUUACUAGCGCUUCUCCCUCUCCCGCUUCUGAGCGAGCGAGCGCGACACCAACCGUUCCGCCGAAACACUCAAACCCCUCCAAGAAAACACUCACGGGCCUUGCCGUCGGGCUUUCCAUCGUCCUCGUCCUCGUCGCUUUUCUCUGCGCUUUCCUCUAUAGGAUCCGCAAGCAGAAGAAGAGAAAGGCUCGCGAGAUCGCGUUCUUGAGCGAUCAGUUGCAUCGUGAAGAUGGCAUCGCACAUAGGAUAGCGGAGUUGACGGCGGACACCGAGGUGUGUGAGCUGGAGGGUAGUCCGGUGUCUAAGGAGAAAUGAUCAGGUGGGGAGCGGGUAGAGGGCUACUGGUGGUGUUUGUAGUGCGACAGGUA